AAUCCUUUUUCUUUUCAUGUUUUUAUUUUUCUAAUGAUGUUUCGAGUAAGAAUAAAAUGAAUUAGUUUCGAGUGUUAAAUUUGUUUGAAUUUUCGAUAAUGAUUUCGUGUUUUAAUUCGAUUGAAUCGGUUUUAAUUAUGGAAGAGUAGACCUGUGUCACGUAAGCCAGUAAUGGCGGUGCUUAGGCACACGCCUAGAUAAUGGUGUGAAUUUAGGGAAAAUUCUUCUUAGAUAGGACUACUAUAUAGUCAUGGAAAUUGACUCCGUCUUAGUUUAUUAAAUCAAAAUUGUCAAGGCUAAUUUAUACUGUCAAUUGCCCGUGAAAAAGAUGAUUAGAAGCAUUAUUUCCUUUAAAAUGAACGAGCUGUUUUUCAAGAUUUGAUAUUUUAUCUUGUCUAUAGUCCUAAACUCCUAAUUCAAUAAUGUUGCUAAAAAUCGUCGUCGCAGUGGUUGCAUUUCUUCCUCUGAUUCUACUCACUGAUCAAAAAAAAUUAUCCGCACCUGUAAUCACUUUGCGUCCAAAGGAUUUUGCGAUACCAUUUCCGGGACAAAGGGUUUAUGUGACUUGCGAUGCUACCGGUGAGCCCAUCCCUGCGCUCGAAUUUGGCAAGCUUCCUAGAUUUCUAACGGAUAAACCGGGGAAAAGACCUCUGGUCAACGGUAACGGAAGUAUUUUCUACCUCAUUCCAUCUAUUCAAAGGGUCGACGAAGGCGAUUAUUAUUGCGAUGCUAACAAUUCUGUCGGUUACGAUUCUCAAAUGAUACAAAUCUAUUUAAAUGAAACUGGCCUCACAUUCGAUAGAAGUAAUAUGACCAUCGAACCGAGUACGUUUACUGGUAUGACAGAAUAUCCGAUUUUAUUAAACUGUUCCGUCGAGUCGACAGUUCCUGCAAAGAUUACAUGGUCACGUUUCCCUAACCUACCGGUAUGGCCCUUCGCGAAAAUGAUCGAUAAUGGUAAAGGAUUACUUUUCAUCGAAUCAGCGCGGGAAGAAGAUUCGGCUGUUUACCUUUGUACCGCAGUUGCCGAAGAAAAUGGAGAUCCAUUAAUUCGCAAAGAAGUUUUGGUCACUAUCCUCCCUAACAAUGGAACAUCUCCUAAACGAGUGAUUUUUGAUGGAAGUAAAAUUGAAUACGUCUGGUAGAAUAAUUCUUCGCAUGUGCUGACAACUUCUCCAUCGCUCGAUUGGAUCCAUCAGGAUAAACUUUAUUUUUAAAAAUUAUGUUUAAAAUAAUUUUUUUUUUUUAAUGUGACUCGAUCGAAUAAAAUUUUUUGCCUAUUACAUUGUAAAAACUGUGAUUAUGAUUUUACUUAUCAUUAUUUUAAUAUUUUCUUUUAAAAAGUACCUAUACUUAAUUCACAUAGUGAUUGGUUAAUAAAUUCUGUGGAAUACUU